CCUCUGCAGGCUGCAGCCCCAGCGCCCGGCGCGAUGUCGGUGACGUUUGAGGAUGUGGCCAUGUAUUUCUCCCCAGCGGAGUGGGCGCUGCUGGGCGAGGAGCAAAAGCAACUUUACAGACACGUCAUGUGGGAAAAUUACCAGACUCUGGUCUCAUUAGGAAUCAAAACUCCCAAGCCAGUGGUGAUCUCCAGCAUAGAGCAAGGGGAAGAUCUGUGUGUGCAGGGUCCUACAGAAGAUGAAGAUGGGGACAUUCUUAGAGGAACCCACCCAGAUUUUUCAGAUGCAGAGGAGACCUGGGACUGGCCAGCAAUUGAAAGCUCCUUGGGCUUCUUCCUCACACAAAGCUCUUCCCCUGGAGCAGCUUUUACCAUCCACAAGAGAAUCCACUCGGGAGAGAGACCCUAUGCGUGCGCUGAGUGUGGAAAGCAAUUUAUGGAUUCGUCAACAUUUCGUAAUCAUCAGAGAAUCCACUCAGAAAAGAGACCCCAUCGCUGUAACCAAUGUGGGAAAGGCUUCAAACUUACAUCAAAUCUUACGAGGCACCAGAAAAUCCACAGCGAAGAGAGACCCUUCUUGUGUCAUGAGUGUGGGAAAAAGUUCUGCCUACGAGAACAUCAUCUCACUCGCCACCAGAGAAUCCACACUGGAGAGAAACCCUAUUGCUGCACUGAGUGUGGGAAAAGUUUCACCCAAUUGUCAGGCCUCACCAACCACCUGAGAAUCCAUUCAGGAGAGCGACCCUAUCCCUGCACUCAGUGUGGGAAGUGCUUUGCUCACUCAUCAUCUCUCACUGAACAUCUGAAAAUCCAUUCAGGAGAACGACCAUAUUCCUGCAUUGAGUGUGGGAAGCACUUUGCUCGCUCAUCAUCUCUUACUCAGCAUCAGAGAACCCACUCAGGAGAGCAACCAUAUUCCUGCGCUCAGUGUGGGAAGCGCUUUGCUCGCUCAUCAUAUCUUACUAAACACCAGAGCAUCCACUCAGGAUAG